GGUAGGGAGAACAACAGAAAUCAAAUAGCCAUGACCAUGAACGGAAAGAUAAUUUUUUACGAAGACAGGAACUUCCAGGGCCGCUCCUAUGAGUGCAACAGUGACUGCUCCGAGAUCUCCUCCCACCUAGCCAGGUGCAACUCCUGCAGGGUGGAGAGCGGCAUGUUCAUGGUGUACGACCGGCCCAACUUCACGGGUCACCAGUACCUCCUGAGGAGGGGAGAGUACCCUGAGUACCAGCGUAUGAUGGGCUUCAACGAUUGCAUCAGGUCCUGCCGUAUGAUCCCUCAGCACAGUGGACAGUUCAGGAUGAGGAUCUACGAGAGGGAGAACUUCGGAGGCCAGAUGCAUGAGGCGAUUGACGACUGUGACUCCAUCCAGGAGCGUUACCGUAUGCCAGAAAUACAGUCGUGCAACGUGAUGGAGGGCCACUGGGUCAUGUACGAACAGCCCCACUUCAGGGGCAGGCAGAUCUAUCUGAGGCCUGGGGAGUACAGGAACCUCAGAGAGAUGGGAACGGGAAACGAGGAAAUGAGCUUCCGGUCCAUGAGGCGCAUCACCAGUGACGCUGCCUUUUAAGGGUGCUGCCUUUAAAGUGCGCUGCCUUUUAAGUGUGCUUUCUUUAAAGGGUGCACAGGCUUUUUAAUACAUGUUAAUAAAUAUUUUUAACCUUU